UUUUAGUUUUGAUCAAAUUUUAUUUUCUGCUACGAAGACUAGUAAUACCAUAUAAUGAUAUAAUUUCCUAAUUUUUGAGCUGUUUGUGUUAAUUUGCACGAGCUGAAGUGAUCGUAGUUCCUGUUUGUGCGAUCGAACUGGUGACUAAUAAGGGGGUGUUCGGUUGGCAAAACUAAAUCUCAUGAUUAAAUAUGUAUCAUGUUUGGUUCAUAAGAUUAACCCCCUCAACUUAAUCCUAGAUGGAUAGUCUCAUGAUAAUUAGUCAUAGCCUCCCCCUCCAACUAAAAUAAUCUCACAACUUAAUCCUAGAUGGAUAGUCUCAUGAUUAUUAGUCAUGACAACCGAACGCCACCUACGUUGAUGUUGAUUUAGAUCUGUAAACUUGAUUUUAGUAUCUGUGAAGUUGUUAAUUUAGAUUUGCGUGGUGUGAUAGGUGUUCGGUUUGGAAAAUUUGACGGUAAUUAAUGGCGCAGCUGUUGAUGCUACCGUAAUUGGUUAAUGGAUGUGCUUGAAUUCGUGUUGUUGAGGAGGAAUCGGAUGCCUUACAAGUUGUUAUGUGUUUUUUCUUGUUUAAUACUUUCAUAAAAGUUCUGAAUGCUCGACUUUGAUCAAAUUGUCCGGUCAUAUAUGGCCGGAGUUGGUUGAUGCAGCAAUAGGUUUGUUGCCUUUUGGAACCGUGCAACCGAUGAGUGCAUAAAAGAAGUAAUGAGAGUACUGAGAUAAUAUUGCAUAUUCCAAGGGCUGUCCGAGCAAUGAAUGAAUCUAUGAAGCAGAAUCGCCCUAUACAAGAACAUGAAGACAGUUUAUCUGAUUCCUUGGGCUCAAAUACAAAGCACAGCACAUGUCAAACAAAAGAGAUACCAUUUCCAGGGUUCUCUGGUGAAGUUUUUCGCGGUGUUUGGAACGGAACGGAGGUUUCCAUAAAACUGUUUCUAGAGCAGGAUCUCACAGCUGAAAACAUGGAGGAUUUUUGUAAUGAAAUAUCCAUCCUCAGUCGCCUUCGCCACCCAAAUGUCAUCUUGUUUCUUGGUGCUUGCACGAAGCCUCCACGGUUGUCACUGAUCACCGAGUACAUGGAAAUGGGAUCUCUUUACUAUUUGAUUCACUUAAGUGGCCAGAAGAAUAAACUCAGCUGGCGGAGGAGAAUCAAGAUGCUACGCGACAUAUGCAGGGGGCUGAUGUGCAUACAUCGAAUGAAGAUAAUCCAUCACGAUCUUAAAAGUGCUAAUUGUCUCGUUAGCAAGCAUUGGACGGUUAAGAUCUGCAACUUUGGCCUCUCCAGGAUCAUGACAGAUGCCCCCAUCAAGUCGUCAUCAGGUGGGAAGCCGGAACGGAUGGCUCCUGAGGUCAUUCGCAACGAGUUAUUCACGGAGAAAUGUGACAUUUUCUGUGCAUGUUUAGGUUGUCCAAGCGGUUGCAAACGAGGGUUUGCGAUUGGAGAUGCCCCAAGGGCCGGUGGGCAGGUUAAUUGCAGGUAUGAGUCACGUUGGCGAUCUGAGAGAAUUGGCAACACAAGUGCUCUGCGCACUAUACUCUGUGCGCCAUGGUUUGCAGGAGAAUACGAACAUAGUGAAUGCACUUUGUGCGCGUAUGUCAAAAGCGAAUAAACACCUCGGAAAGUACACAAUUAAAUUUAUAUCAUCUCGUCCUUCUCAAAUUGACAUAUUUCUAAAAAAGAAAUUCAUCGCAAUUUUUACUUUAUUUUAUCGCCAUUUAACACAGUAAUCAACAUUGCAUAAUAUCACAUGCCGAACUAUAAUAUUUAACUUGAGACAAAUCAGUAUGAAAUAAAAACAAGUUAAACCAUGAAUAUUUUAAGUGAAGUGCCUAAUAGUGAUUUCAGGACUGUAUGUGCUAAGUGAAGUGCAUCUUAGUGCUUAUGGUUUACAACGCCUGUGUAUAUUUGUUGAUUCUGACUGGGCUGAACCCCAUGCUCGACCGAGUUGCGAGGAAAUACUGGCUCGGCUGCUCGACUGCGACUCACAACCUUGAUAACACAUUCCCCUGCACAGAAUCUUGAAUUUCCACCAUAUAUUCCGGCAUACCGUAAGAUUUGUUUGAGUUUUCCAUCCAAGUAAUCAAGAGCAAAUAAAUAGCAUGCAAAUUUUCCCUAGAUGAAUGAAUGAAACAGUAGCCUCUUCCCACCAUGUUAUUCAAAAUGGCAAAAUCUGUUGUACAAGUGAUGUUAAAAAUGAAAAAUACAUCAUCCCACAACAGUCAAUCCGAAAUCCGCCGCCGAUUAAGAGCAGCCUCAAAGCGGCUGCAGGAGUCCGCCCUCAUCUCCGUGCUCAUAUCAUUCUCCGGUGCCGGGUAAUAGUCUUCUCUCAGCUGAACAUCUCUCAACUCUGUGAUCCUCAGCAGGAACAUCAUGAAGUGCUCAUGUGCAGUCCCAUGUAUGAAAAGCUUCCUAAGCCCAAAACAUUCCUGCAGCAGUCCCGCAGCCGGAAGGGAGAGGCUCCUCUGGUUCACGUCCCGGUCCUGCGGGGGCCAGUAGUCGAGCUCCGUCAGGUUCAGGUGGCCGAUCCCGAUCAGAUAGAACCGCUCCCACAGGCUCAAAUCCAUCUGCCCGGAAGGCGCCGUGUGGGCGUACCCAAUGGUGUCGCCGCAGUCCAAAUGCAUCUUCCACAGCUUGGGAUAGUUGACAAGCAUGCUCAGCCCGAACUCGCGCUCCCUCGGUCUCGACAUCUCGCGGCAGUCGCCCUCCACCUUGAUCCGAAUCUCCUCGAGACUCGGGCAGUGGUCGAGCCCUGCCUCCACCAGAGGUGUCAAGAGCUGCCCCACUGCAAUCCACAGUGAAAGGUACUCCAACUUAACCCAUGUCCUCGCACUGUUUCCAUAGCCGUUGCUGUUAACAUCCAAUUCCAUAUUCAAAUCGUAUGAAUACUUGCAUCUCUUCCUCGCUUUACUCAUUCCAUCAUCAUCAUCAAAACCGUUAUCUUGAUCCGAGCAGUUAAGAUCAAAACCAACUCCAUCUGAAUCAUCUCCAAGCUCCUGUGUAGAGUCCCAAAUACAAUCGAUGUGAAGGCGUUGGAUCCUAUCUUGUAUCGGCUCCAACGCCUUCAAGCACUGGCGGGCGGGGAGGUUGCUGCAGCAGGAGACUCCAACAUCAACGAGAGUUUUCCGAAGCAAGGAAGCCAGAGUCCUCAUCCCUCUCAUUGUGAUCUUGCUGCAGCCAUGGAUCUUAAACUCAGCCAAUCUACAACAACCUCUGCCUAUCCCGAUCAAACCCAUAUCAUCCAAAUCCCCGACGUUCCGAAUCGACAGCGAUUUCAGCCCUUGGCAAAGCGCCACUCCGUCCAAUUUCGACUCUACAGGCAUCGAGAUCCCAUGGAAAAACCCUAACUUGAGUGAUCUCAAUUUAGGGCAUCUCGAAUUGAGAACUUCAAACGCUGCACCACUGUCCCGAACAUUGUUGCAGAUGUCCAACACCAACUCCUCCAGCAAUGGCAGACCGGAGAAGGCCUCGAUCAAGGUAGCUACGUUGAUACUCGCAUCCUCCGCGGUGAAUCCGUCACCGCGCGCGUUCAAUAGAGUGGACGUAUCGGCCAAAUGAAGAACCCCCAAUUUGGGGCAGUUCAUCGAAACAGAAAUUAGGGCUUCGUCUCCGACGAAGCCGAUAUACCUCGGAUCGAAUCUGCACGCAGCUUUGAAUUCAAUCAGAUUGGGGCAGGAUUUGGUGAUGGCCUUGAUCUCAUCCGAUUUGAAUCCUUCGGAGAACGAAGGAUUCAGGACAUCCAAUCGGGCGAGAUUCGAAGCCAGGGAAGGGUAAGCCUCGAGCGCAGGCGGAACGUCGUCGGUCCAGCAGUAGAAGGAGGAGAGAUCCAGCGAUCUGAGGCGGCCGCACUCGGAGAAGAGCAUCUUCAGCUCGUCUCCCGCGGCGGCCACCUGGGGCCGCUGGUGCCAGCGCACGAGCCUGACGUGCUCGGCGCCCCGCCACUGGGAGGCGACGAGCUGGAUGGUGGAGAGGUUCCGGGCGUAGAAGGUGAGGGAGGAGAGGGAGGGGAAGGCGAGGCGGAGGACGUGGGCGAUGAGGGCGGGGUCGGAGGCGGAGCUGAGGGGGUGGCCCCAGGGGGAGAGGAGGGAGAGGUCGAGGGCGGAGACGGAGGGGAAGCAGUUGGGGACCAUGAAGAGGUCGCGGAGGUUGCCGCGGAGGCUGACGGCGGCGCGUGUGGCGCGCUCGAGGAGGCACCACUUGCGGCAGGCGAGGGCGGCGGAGUUGCGGCUGCGGACGUCGGAGACGGCGGCGAUUAUGUUGGAGAGGAUCACGUCGGGGAGGUCGCUGAUGGUGGUCCCGGCGGCGGCGGCGGCCAUGGCCGUGGAAAUCGAGAUUUUUUUGUCGAUUGGUGAGUGUGCUAAUUUUCUAACACUCUUUUCUUUUUGUAGUAUACUCUCCAUUUAUCUUCUAUCAUUUCUUUUCUUAUUC